AUGUCCUCCGCAAGCCCCCCCUUCACAACAGCCCUCCUCGCCGGCGCCCUGGCAGGCACGACAGUAGACCUCUCCCUCUUCCCCCUCGACACCCUCAAAACCCGUCUCCAGUCCUCCGCGGGCUUCUUCGCGUCGGGCGGUUUCACAGGUAUAUACCGCGGCAUCGGCUCGGCGGUGGUCGGCUCGGCGCCGGGCGCAGCCUUCUUCUUCUGCACCUACGAGGCAUCCAAGUCCGUCAUCGCGCAGAGACUGGCUUCCGGGGCCGACGGAAAGAAGAGGGCGUGGGCGGAUCCGCUGAGCCACAUGCUCGCGGCGUCGCUGGGCGAGAUCGCCGCCUGCGCGAUCCGCGUGCCGACCGAGGUCGUCAAGCAGCGCGCGCAGGCGGGCCAGCACGGCGGCUCCUCUGCGGCCGCGCUGCGCUCCAUCCUGGGACAGUACUCCGCCGUCGGGCUGUCGGGCGUGUGGAGGGAGCUGUACCGCGGCUGGGGCAUCACCGUGCUCCGCGAGGUGCCCUUUACAAUCAUCCAGUUCCCGCUGUGGGAGCGCCUCAAGAGGUGGGGCAGGGAGCGCAAACAGAACAAGAACUGGAAGCUGGAUGCGCCCCAGACCGAGUAUGAGGUCUCUGCUGUCGAGAGCGCGUUGUACGGAAGCGUGGCCGGUGCGGCUGCUGCCGGCAUCACGACGCCGCUGGACGUCUUGAAGACGAGGGUUAUGCUGAGCAAAGAGAAGGCCAAGGUGGGCGAUGUCCUGAGGGGUAUCUACAGGGAACAUGGCAUCCGGCCCUUCUUUGCGGGAGUAGGCCCGAGAGUCAUGUGGAUCAGUAUCGGAGGUGCCAUUUUCUUGGGCAGUUACCAGUUUGCGGCGAAUACCCUUACUGGAGCAGCCCUAUGA